AUGAACAAUAAACAGUUUCCAACACAAAAUGAAUUAAACAAUAGUGAGGAAGCUGAUGAUGACAUUUUUGGACUAGAGAUGGAUAUGAAAGAAUGGGGAGAUGAUGAUGACAGUAGUUGGGAGGAUGAAACUGAUUUAGAAAAAGAAAAGGAAACACAAUUAAAAUUUAUGAAGGCAGGAUUAGGCUGGUAA